CAGACAGAGAUGCAGCGAGACAAAACAAGCAACGCCGGUGCGGCUGAAAAGCCGGACCGGGAGGCCGCCAUAAUGUCGAAAUACUACGACGGAGUUGAGUUUCCUUUCUGUGACGAGUUCUCCAAAUACGAAAAAAUGGCCAAAAUAGGACAGGGGACCUUUGGCGAAGUGUUCAAAGCAAAGCACAGACAGACCGGCAAGAAGGUCGCACUGAAGAAAGUUCUGAUGGAGAACGAGAAAGAAGGGUUUCCCAUCACAGCUCUGAGAGAGAUCAAGAUCCUGCAGCUGCUCAAACAUGAGAAUGUGGUGAAUCUGAUAGAGAUCUGCAGAACUAAAGCGACUCAGUUCAACAGAUACAAAGGCAGCAUCUACCUGGUGUUUGACUUCUGUGAGCACGACCUGGCCGGCCUGCUGAGUAACGCCAACGUCAAGUUCACCCUGGCAGAGAUCAAGAAGGUCAUGCAGAUGCUGCUCAACGGACUGUACUACAUCCACAGAAACAAGAUCCUUCACAGAGACAUGAAGGCGGCUAACGUGCUCAUCACCAGAGACGGGGUCCUGAAGCUGGCCGACUUCGGUUUGGCUCGAGCCUUCAGCCUGGCCAAAAACAGCCAGGGGAACCGCUACACUAACCGCGUGGUCACACUGUGGUACAGACCUCCAGAGCUGCUGCUGGGUGAGCGAGACUACGGCCCCCCUAUUGACCUGUGGGGAGGGGGCUGCAUCAUGGCAGAGAUGUGGACCAGAAGUCCCAUCAUGCAGGGGAACACAGAGCAGCACCAGCUCACUCUCAUCAGCCAGCUGUGUGGCUCCAUCACUGCUGAGGUGUGGCCUGGCGUGGACAAGAAAUAUGAGCUGUACCAGAAAAUGGAGCUGCCUAAAGGCCAGAAGAGGAAGGUGAAGGAUCGCCUCAAAGCUUACGUCAAAGACCCGUACGCCCUGGACCUGAUCGACAAGCUGCUGGUCCUGGACCCGGCCCAGCGCAUAGACAGCGACGACGCGCUCAACCACGACUUCUUCUGGUCCGACCCCAUGCCCUCUGACCUGAAGAACAUGCUCUCCACCCACAACACCUCCAUGUUCGAAUACCUGGCGCCGCCCAGACGGAGAGGCCACAUGCCCCAGCAGCAGCCCAACCAGAACAGGAACCCCGCCACCACCAGCCAGACCGAGUUCGACCGAGUGUUUUAGAGAAGAAGGAAGGACGGUUCAGCAGGUUGGACUGUCUGUUCGGUUACAACUGUAUUCCCCAACCGACUACACGUUCCUGAUUGGUUGAGAGUUGGCAGACUUACCUGGAGAUCACUACUGUUCUGUGAGAGGUUACGGUGGAGAAAGCAGCUGGUUCGUGUCGCUCCUGGACAGGACUGAGAUGUUCAGAGUCAUGUGACACCUUCAAGACAAGUUAUAACGUUCCAACUCUGCUUUUUUUUCACCCAGGUGAUAAUGAAGAGACAGUCAUAAACAUGGCAGAUGUCAUAGUUUUUAUUUUGCUAUAUUUGAGUAAGUUUGAAAUUUUAGGUUUUUUUCCACUUGUUUUAUCAUUGUUUUGUAUAAAAUAUAUUCUAUUCUAUUCAUCUCCUGUUCAGUGUUUCAAGUUCUUUGUUGAAAGAGAGGAAAUGUUAAGCUUUUAUUUAAACUCUUUU